CUCGUUCUUCCUAUUUUGCCCUCUCGCGUUAUUUUUCUCUCCCUAUUUUCAUUUCGACUCGAACAAAAACAAAGCAUGUUAUCGUCCCUAAGCCUUACCGCCGUUUUUGUUACUACUAUGAUGACGCUUUCAUUAUCUAUGGCACCAGCUCAAGUAUGGGGCUCGCCGAUCACUGCUACUAGCAGUAUAAAGAAACGUGGCGACUUAGUAACAGAUACUGUGAGCAGUAUUAUGCUUGUUGGAGAGGCAACCUUUUUCCAUCCAAAGGAAGAAGGCGGUGAAAUAGGAUCUUGUGGUCCUAAAGAGAAUGACAAAAGCAGAAUCGUUGCUUUGAACAGCAAGAUGUAUGGCUCAAAUAGUAUCAGCAAAUAUUGUGGCAAAGAGGUUUUGAUCAAGCACGGAGACAAAGAAACCAUUGCUACCAUCACUGAUAAAUGUCCUAUGUGUGGUGAUGGCUCUCUCGAUUUAACACCAGCCAUAUUCGAGGAGCUUGGUGCGCUUGUUGAAGGUGUCAUUGAUAUCAUUUGGUGCUUCCUUGAUUCACCCGAAUGCAAACCUAGUGGUAGUAAAAAACAUGGGGACAAGCAAAAGGAGGACGAUGAUGAUGAUGAACGAACUUAAAAGCUACCACU